CUUCAUCCCAAGACUAAUUGAGCCAUUCGUUCCUCCCCUCCCUACGCCGCAACUUUCUAUCCAAAGCAGCAGAAUAUGCUUGCUCAACGCAUUCUAUCGCGGCGCCUGCCCCAGGCUGCCCUUCGCUCUACCACAUUCCGCGCCUCAUUUUCACAAAUUCACUCACUGAAAGCCGCUGAAAGCGAUGAUCCUCUGCAGAAUGGUGGCUACCAGAACCCUCCCCGAGUGAAGCGUGCACACAGAGACCCGUACGGCGGUUGGUGGGAUCAGCAAGAGAGGAGAAACUUCGGCGAACCGGUCCACGAAGAGAACGAAGUCUUGGGAGUUUUCAGUCCCGAGCAAUAUACCCAUGUAACCUCUCGCAAAGCCUUUUUCCAAGUCGGCGGCUUCGUCGCGGCGUUUCUAGGGCUCUGCGGCGUCGUGAGCCUCUUCUAUCCUGACAGACCGAGCGCUCCUAAAACCUACCCUGAUGGGCUGGAGAAGGAACUUGGGGGACGGAGUGCUGUCCCGGCUCGCAAAGCUGGCGAAGAGUCUUUGUGAUGAUAUCUUCUCAUGUGUAAAUACAUACAAUGCGAUUUGUUCCGGCGUCUAUCGAGUAUCGGGUUAUUGAAAUGGGAGCCUACCUUGCCACUGGGAAUAUACCUCGGCCUAUAUCCUUGUACCGCUGAAGAUGGCUACGGGGUGCGUAACUGAGGAUAAUGGGUCAGUGGUAAUAGAGAAGACUGCUUGGAGGGUAACUUAACUGUUAUCCAUCUGAGAACCGCUACCAUGAUUGUUUGGUCUGCAUACAAGAAAGUACAGACCCAGAAACCAUGCAGAAAGGCUCCCUAACCGCUAAAUUUAAAUAGAUGUAACAUAAACUUCUUUUUUUAUAUAUCAAAGUAGUGCUUUUUUUUAAAUAGGAUUGUUUCUGAUAUUCGAGCGCGGCGCUUAUGCCUGUUUAUUUUUAAUGUUGGG